UUUUUAGAGAUAAUAAUUUAUUCAGUUUACAUUAAACAUAUAAUAGUUAUAAGUAAUUUCGAAACUUUAACUCAUCGGAUGGAACUGGAGAGCCGAAUGCGUUCUCAGUUCCAGUUGCAGUUUCUCUCACUAAGCUUUGCUGUCUCCCUCUCAAUUGCAUUUCAGCUAGCCGAUGCUCUUGCUGCAGUUUUCAGUUCGCAUUUCGCUCUCGGGCGAAAAGCUUUGCGAUGGAAAACCAGCGGACUCUAUACGACUUGCCGUUCGAGGUCCUCGAUCUGAUAUUCGAGGGACUGGAGAGCAUUGUGGAUAAACUGCAACUGGCACAGGUGGAUGAAAAGCUGGGAAAAGCGUUUGCCUACCACAGUCGCAGUGCCUACAAAAAGCUCAGCACUUUUUUCGGAGUAACGCCCGAAAUGUGGGUGGUUCUUGUGAGCUUGUGUGGAUCGACUAUUGAGGAAUUUUCCAGCAGAAAAAACUGGAACGCCCCAUGGAGUGAUAUCGUGGCCAAGUCGAUUGAGCAGCAUUGUCCCAAUUUGAAGUCGGUGAGAAUUGAUGUUUACGAUGACAAUUGUGACAGCGUGCAGUCCUUCUUGCUGAAAAUGAGUAAACUUUUGGUAUCAGUUGAACUUACUAUUAUUACUGACAACCCAAAGAAGAUUUUUGAUACCAUCGCAGAAAUGACGAAUAUGACAAAACUAACAUGCAGGGGAAAUAUUACCGAAGAUGUUUACCAGAUUCAAAAGCUUUUAUCUUUGGAGGACCUAGUGCUCGAGCAUAAAAAGCUCUUUUAUCCCGAUUCACCUUUGAAUGUUCUCGAGAUUUGCACACCACUCACAAGUCUCCGCUCCUUGACAGUGCUGAACAUAACUAUAAUGCCCUCUGAACAGCCGCAUUCGAUGAUUUGGCCGGAGCUGGAGGUUCUUAAAAUUAUCAACUGCGAAAUUCUUACGGAAUUGCCUGAGUGUCCAAAGCUGAAAGCAUUAGAUAUGAUUAACUCCAACUGCCACAUUGAAGGCCUUCUCUUUGGGUUUAUUCUACAGAACGGAGUGAACAUUGAAAAGUUGAAUGAAAAUUGCCAUCCGCCUGCAUUCGAUGGAGACCUCUUUCUCCAAGUACUUCGAUCAUGUCCAAAGUUACGUGCCUUUCUUACACCAAUGAAGAAUAUAAAAAUUCACCAAGCUUUUGUGUCCUCCAUUGUUGAUGUUCUCAAGGAUAGAGGCGUCAGGAAGGAGGAUCCUUUUAAGCUUAUUGUUUAUGCUCGUGCCAAGUCGAAAUGGAUUCGCCGAUUAAUUCCAAGGACCUCGCAUCCCGAGUUGAUAGCUCUAGACUAUCUGUAUGAUUUUUUCCACUAAGCUUCGGUUUCCAUGGCCAUGUGUUAUAAAUAAUUUGUCCAAAAAUUAUUCACAUUAGGAUACUAACAAAAAACAUAUAUACAUUUUUCAAGAAAAUCAUUAAGGAUUUUGUCUUUUUAUUUAGGAUAGGUAUUUAAUGUGGGUAUGCCAAACAUUCAUUACACCAAACAGAUAUCACCAAAUAUAGGCAAAAUGGAAAAGCCCAUUUGGAUUAUUUUUGUGACACCGGAGUUCAAAUAUCUGCCACCGAAACAAGUUAAGCAAUAUGACUAAUGCCCCAGCAAAUCCGAAACCCACGCGAACUUUGAACUUGUAACCCAUACCCAUCCAUUUCCAUACUGUCCUUUCCAUCCAGGAGUGCGUGUCAGGUGCAAUGCUCGAUGUCCCGAGGAGGUUCAACAACAUUGGCCGCAAAUUCCGUGGCUUACUCAUCAGGUGGUUGGGCGCCAGGAGCCCAAAGUGGGAGCUUAUGGGACAAUGAUUCACCUUCGCUGGCUGCAGGUGGAAAAAAUACAACAGGAUAGGCAGCUGUAAGAGCAUUAAA